AUAACACGUGUUUACACUAUCCGUCAUUGCAAAUUCAAUAUGGCAGCAGUUUUGAUACCUAAGUGUUGAAUUUGAAAAUCUGAUUGCCGAAGUGAAAAGUGGUUAUGAAAAUUAUUAAAAUCAAACAAUUUUUCAUUAGAUAUCAAAGAGUUAGAAAUUAAUUUGAGAGUAUCUACAUAAUUUAUGUUUGUGCUCUUGUGAAGUGAUUUGUGCCGUUAGGAUUUUAAAUGUUAUUCGAAAAAUUAGCUCGUUUUGUUAAUCGAUGAUCAGCAAUAGAAUGGCAUCAGCGGCGACUCUAGUUCAGCCUUCUGGAGAGAUGUGGAAGAAAAUUCGAGUGGAACUGAAUGAAGACGUCAACACUCGAGACCGGGACCUCGCUGCGAUCAAGGACUGGCUUCGGAAGCAGCCACAUCUUCCUGACGAAUGGGAUGACGGUCGCAUCAUGACGUUCCUCCGGGGCUGCAGUUUUUCCUUGGAAAAAUGUAAAAGGAAAUUAGACAUGUACUUCACAAUGCGAGCGGCGUGUCCGGAGUUCUUCUCAAACAGGAAUGUGAAUAGACCAGAACUUGCUGAGCUUGUCACUAAAGUACAAGGAGCACCACUACCCGGUCUGACACCAAAUGGACGUCGUGUUACAAUAUGUCGAGGUCUUGACAAGAAUAUAGACGCAGAUCAGCUAAACAACAUAUUCAAGCUGGCACUGAUGAUGGGGGAUGUUAGGCUGAAGGAAGAACUGGAAGGAGUAGGAGGCGAUAUAUACAUUCUAGAUGCUUCAGUGGUGUCCCCAAGUCAUUUAGCCAAGUUAUCACCUUCCUCAAUAAAGAAGUUUUUGAUAUGCGUGCAGGAGGCGUAUCCAGUUAAACUGAAAGAGGUUCACGUAGUUAACACAUCGCCUGUUAUCGAGUCACUGAUAAACUUCAUCAAGCCUUUUCUUAAGGAUAAAAUUAAGAACAGAAUCUUCAUUCACUCUGACGUCAAUACGCUAAAAAAUCACGUGCCUGUAGACAUGCUUCCAGAAGACUUUGGCGGCAACGGUUGCUCCUUGGACGAAGUGAACAGUGCAUGGAUGAAGAAGUUAGAAGACUACACACAAUGGUUCAAAGAUCAAGAGUCGAUUAAAGCAAAUGAAGCUCUAAGACCUGGAAACCCUACAAAUUACGACGAGCUCUUUGGAAUUGAUGGCUCCUUUAGACAGCUGUCCAUAGAUUAAUAUAUCUUUUUAUGUUUAUUUAGCUAUAAGUUUUUAGAUACCUACGAUAGAUAGUACCUAUCACUUUCUAAAGCUAUCAUUCAUUUAAAUUGCAGGAGGUCCAAUUAUGACCUAAUUAAAGAAUCAAAUAAUAUUAUGAUUUAAUGAUUUUUGUAUUAAAACGUCGUAGUAUAUAAUUAUAAUCAGCACAUAGAUAGUACAGAGGCGCUUAAUACAAAUAACAUUUAAUGUUAAAUUUAAAGUUAAAUUUCCUUU